AAGCUUUUAGUGAUAAGAGAAAUUAUUAGCCUGGUAGCUAAUACACAGAUUAUUCUCGUACGAUAUACCGGAAAGUAUAAAUGUUUCCUCUUUUCGGAUGAAAAACGCGAUGAGAACCAGCUCCUCUUCACCGCCGCUGCACGUGCAUGUGAAUGAAAGUACGCCUGUACAUGUGCAUGUAAAGAAGACCAUGAAGAACAGCCCUAAUAAACCCGCCCAGGUUAAGGCAAAAAGCUGCUUACGUCCCACUGCUAAAGUUAAGACAAGAGUCCCAUGGAUUCCUCCAGGCAAAGCUUCAACGCGCGAAACAUCGUACAAGUGGGAGGGUCCAAGCCAUUGCUUGGAAAUAAACCCCCUACCUGAGCCCGAGCCUUCACGCUCUGCUCUCCGUCUGGAAGACCUCUCCACAGAUGAGGAGGAAGCUCGGCAUGGACGCAUCAACCAAUAUGAGAGGAAGAUAGAUAGCCUGAUGACUGAGGUCAGCUCAUUAAAGAAUGAGGUGCAGCUGUGUAAGAAGGAGCAGCAGCUAGAGCGUCAGUCUGAGAGGCUAAGCGCCUCGCAGCGUGUCAUCGCUGAGCAGGAAGAGGAGCUGGCGGAGGUUGCCAAGGAGCUUGAAAUUACAGAGAGAGAGAACACGCUCCUCCGGGAGUCCAUGGAGAAAAUACUGGAGGAAAACAACUAUGGCAGGUUAGAGAGGGAGAACUUGCAACAGGAAAAGGAUGUGCUUCUUAGGAAGCUGGUUGAAGCAGAAUUUGACAGCACGGCAGCCGCCAAGCAGGUCCUGGCACUUCGAGACACAGUGAGCCACAUGUCAAGAGCUGAGAAGCGGAUGAUGGGCUCUGACUCUUCGUUGCUUGCCCGGCAAAAGGAUCUCCUCCUGCAGAAGUUGGAAACUUUUGAGAGAACAAACCGAACACUGCGGCGCCUCCUGAGGGAGCAGCACGAGCGCGAGAUGGAUUCGCUUCAAGUCCUGGAGCAGAAAGACUCUCUUCUGAAGAAGCUCACUGAAGUUGAGGCAGAAAACUCGCAUCUUCAGGUGAAGCUGCAGGAUAAAGCAAAAGAAGUCGCUGACCUCGUCUGCCUUUUAGAAAAUGAGAAGGAACAUGUGAAGACCACAAGCGAGCUGUCCAAGUCUCUGGAAUCAAACCGAGCUCAUCUGCAGGGCCAACUACGCAACAAGGAAGCCGAAAAUAACCGCCUUUCAGUUCAGAUCAAGAACCUAGAGCGAGCAGCUGGUCAACAGCAGGGAGAGCUGGAGCAUGUGCAGGCUCAGAUGCGUGAGCUGAAGCAGCGAGCUGAGGUGGAUAAAGAGGCGCUGAAGAAGGCCACACGGGCACUAAAACAGAGAGCAGAGCGCAGUGAGGACACUGCAGGACAGCUCAGUGCUCAGCUGACUGAAUUGGAAGCCCGGCUGGCAGAUGCUAUUUCAACCGCUGAAAACUGGAGCAGUCGGCACGCAAAAGAGCUGAAGGAGAAAGGCCAGCUGGAGGUGGAGAUCACAUUGUUGAACAGCCGGGUCACGGAUCUGACAGAACAGCUGCAUGUGCUUGAGGAGAAAACCAGAGCAGAGAGAGACGGACUUCUGGAUCGACUGCACAGUAUGACCACAGAGAGCACGACAGUUAGACUGGAAAACCAGAGCCUAAAGGCAACUCUGUCGGCACUGGAGGAAAAACUGUCUCUGUCCCGAUCUGAGGUGGAGCAGGUCAAAGCCUCAGUAAAGCAGUAUGAAAGCUUAGUGGACAGCUACAAGAUUCAGCUGCAGAAGACACGUGCCGAGGCAGAUGAGUACAGUUUGCAUGCGCAGCAGGCAGAGCGGGAGGCGCGGACUCUAAGGGAGGAGCUGGAUCAGGAGCUAGAUCAGGCCCGGAAGCAGCUCAUGGGCCGUCUAAACGAGCUGGAGCCACUACCUGAUACCCUGCGCCGCACUGAGUUCCAACUGCAGGAAGCACAUGAGAAAGAGCGUGUGCAAGAGAGGAGGAAUAAUGAGCUCACAGCAAGCCUUGCUGAGCUACGUGUUAAGGUGGAACAGCAGAGUGUUCAGAUGGAGAAAGCGCAGCAGAGGAACACCGGGCUUAUGGAGGAGAACAACCAGCUCAAGCAUAAAUUGGAGUCCCUUGACAGGAAGUUGGAGGAGGCUAGCUCUCAGAACGGAGAUCUUCUGCAAAUGAUAGCAAAGCGAGAGGAGACCAUCCUUCACAACCAGGUUCGUUUGGAAGAGAAGUCCCGCGAGUGCAACACUCUGAACCGGCAGCUAGAAGAGGCACUCGAGGACGCCAGACGGCAGGUGUCCAAUACGAGAGAGCGAGCUGCAUCCAAGGAGCGAGCCUCUCAAUCAAAAGUGAUUGAGCUGGAGACCCAACUGAGCCGAACCACUUCAGAGCUCAAUCAGUUGCGACGAGCGAAAGAUGAGGCGGAGAAGAGGUACCAGAGCCGUGUGCAGGACAUGAAGGACCGGCUUGAACAGUCGGACAGCACCAAUCGCAGCCUGCAGAAUUAUGUUCAAUUCCUCAAAGCAUCCUAUGCUAGCGUGUUCGGGGACACGACUCUAAGCAGCACUUCACUCCGAACGCACUCAGCCAUCUGACACCCUGUACACUUCACCCCAGGGCUGAGUUGAUGCGGAACACACAUAUACCAGUGUAUAUUUUCCACAGCAUAGUGUGAUGAGUUUACGUUCAUCAUCGUAUUUUGAUGUGGGUAAGAACCAAAGUAAGACUCGGCUCUUAUGAUACUUAUAAUUAUUUCUAAUUAUAUUUUUUUAUAGAUCUCCAUAUUAGAGCAUUAAAUGAGUGACCGUGUUCACUACUGGGUGUAGCAGCAGUGCUUAAGAAAUAAAUUUCCCAAACAUAACUGAUUUAAGUUUUAAGCAUAUUUAAAACAUCUGAUUUGUCGGGUGGUGAACCUAUUGUUCUAUUAUCCUGUACUGUAAAUUCAUAUAUGCAAUAAUUUGACUAUCCUUAUUUAAAACCCCAAGCUGACCGGACUAGUCUUUAUUCUGUUGCCUUGUGGUCACCUUCAGCCUCUGCCAAAACUAUAACCCCUUUCUGACAUGCAAUCCUUGUCAAUAAUCUGACAACAUCUGUAUACAUCGGCCUCGUCUGUAUGAGGAUCAUAGUCAAUUUUCCAUUCAAAAAAAUCUUACACGUAACAUUUACUAGUAACUAGUAACAUUUACAGAUCAUUGUUUGAACUGCCAAAAGUCACAAGAAGUUUAAUGAUAGUAUAACCAUGCUGUCCUGAUGUAGAACCAACGAUUAUGAUUAAAAAUAACUUUAAAGUAUGUGUAAAACUAAUAUUACACUGACACUGAGAUUUAAUCAUGAAUAACUGUUUAUGGCCCAGUGUUAGCUAAACUGACUGAAUUAAUCUAAACACUCUGAAUAAAGCCAUGAGGAGUUUUAACAUAAGUGACCUAUGUCUAAAUGACAGAAAGCCUUCAAUAGACAGAUGAUAUCUAUCCCAUGUCUGAAAGGGCUUAAGAAGUAAUGUCUACCCUGAAUGACUUACAUAUAAACAAACCAACAUCUAAACUGUUUUGUAAUAAAAUUUUUAAACUUCCAACAUUCAUUGAGAUGUUGGUCUAUUUUGAUUUUAAGUACCAGUUAUCUCUAUUACCCACAGUACCAUAGUAUGGUACAGGGGUUUAGCCUCUGCUUUAUGACUACCUAAAGUGAUUAAUGCAGCAGUUCUUUAGUGUAUCCAGCUCUUCCACUUCAUCUGUACAUUUUGCUCAAACCGAUCAGAUUUCAAAGUUGCUGUUGUCAGUGAAAUCACACUGUUAAUCUCAAACUAGCUGAUCUGUGGCUCUGACAUAAAGCUGCAUGACUGUGUUGUACGGGUGCAGUGUGUUGUAGCUGUCUCUGCUACUUAUAUGAUGGAUUUUUCAUUAGUCUGAUUGUGACUUGAAAAUGGUUAACCAGAAAAGAAGCACUUAUGGACUUUUCCCAUAAGCAUGGCAGAUGGCUGAUAUCGCAACAGAAAAAGCUUAAUCAUGAAAUUCUAAGUUCAAUAGCACAGCCAUCCAUGACAAGAAAGGAAAAUUGACCUGGCACAUUUUUGGUAAAAGGGAUUGCAUUUCUUUUUCCACUGUCACUAAACACUAGUUAACCUGUCUGUGAACUCUUUUAUAUGGAAGAUGGCAAGUAGUGUUGAUGUAUCUGGUUUCUCUGUGAUGUAGAAUGAGCAGCAGGUUGAUAAACUGUAUGUAGCUGUUAUGUAAAAAGGGGGGAGUUGACUGGGGAUUAAGAACUGGUAAAUAAGCAAGUUAGGGAGGAAAUAAAAUUGUUUUAAUUUUACCAACAACCAAAAUACCAACAAACCAAUCCAACCCAUUCACUAAACACGUUACAGAUAUUUUAAUAUAAACAUACUCAAUGUGUUUCAUAGCAGAGUUUGCCUUUAAUUAACUACAGUGGUUCUGUAGGGUUUAGACAAAAGAUCUCAUCAAUCGGUGCUACCAAUUUUAUAUUACACUGUGUGUGGAGUUCCUUGUGCACUUUUGUUGCUAUAAAAAGUAAUUAUUUAUCUGUCAUUAUAUCAGAUUACAUUAAUGGAUGCGUAUUUUCCAUACAUAUGAAAUGUUUACAUUUUUAUUGA